UGUAGGUAGUCAUGGCAUUGCGAGGCGAUGAUAUACUGUCAAUGUCACGUGACAUGCCUCCCGGAACGGGUGCACUGAGCCACCGAAAAUUUUGGAAGGCAAGCUCCAGUGCAGUCGGUGGGCAGAAAAAGUUGCAGCCAAAAAAUUUCGAGCCAGAAAAAGUUAGACGCAACGCUUCAAGCCUUUUCCACCCCAAACCACCACCACCGCGGCCUUAGAAUAUCGACAGCAAUUGCAUCAAUUGCUGCGACAUUAAAGCCGAAAGUUUGAAACCAGAUUGAUUUUCUUGGUUUCUCCUCUUUACAGCAUACAACCCGAGUUCUAAGAGUGUUCAAUCGACGCCGGAAGAGCAACAUCCGCAGCAAUGGCCGCCGAACGCCCCGACAAGAAGGAGAAGAAGGAGAAGAAGAGAAGCGAAGAGUCUGGCAUCCACAAGACCAAGAAGGAGAAGAAGGAUAAGAAGGACAAGAAGGAGAAGCUCGCCGCCGCCCUCGAGGAGAAGCUUCAGCAGGAUGCUGAGCCCAAGACGGUCGACUCCGACUCCGACAUGGAGGACGAGGAGACUGCUGCCGACCUGCCCGUUGAGCGCACCGUCGUUCCCUUUGCCGUACCCCUGGCCGACGAGAAGGGCAUGAAGAAGGUGUACAAGACUAUCCGCAAGUCUGCCAAGGCUGGCACCCUCAAGCGUGGUGUCAAGGAGGUUGUCAAGACCCUCCGCAAGUCUGCCGCCGCCGGCCCUGGAAACACCUCCUUUCCCGGCCUUGUCAUCAUUGCCGGCGACAUCUCCCCUCAGGACGUCAUCUCUCACAUUCCCGUUCUCUGCGAGGACCACAACGUUCCCUUCAUCUUCGUUACGUCGCGCGCUGAGCUCGGCGCUGCUGCCAAGACCAAGCGCCCUACCAGUGUCGUUAUGAUCAUGGAGAAGGCUGACGGCAAGAAGGCCGCUUCCUCCAAGAAGGAGAGCAAGGACGAUGAUGAGGAGGGCGACUUCGGCGAGGCCUACUCCUCGCUGGCUAAGUACAUCCAGAAGGAGUACACCAAGCAGAGCUUCUGGGCCAAGGGCGAGUCUAAGGCAUAAAUUGCCAAACAGCCCUCGAUAGCUGCGACCAGCAUAUUCCGGGAGGGAUUAUAAGGUGUCUAUUUUAUGGGUAGUCGAAGGGGGAGCACAACCUCUGCAGCCACGAUGGCUGCAUGCGUGUGGAUGAGUGCUUUUGCCUAACAAAAACAACUGUGUUGUGGGUUUCGAUCUGGAUGUACAAAACACAAAACCAGAAAGGGAUGUAUGUGCACGGCGGCGUUCAGGAUUCUUGUCUGUUUACUUAUUGUUUUUGGUUUUAUCAUUUUAUAUCUCUGCAAACCCUUUUUGUAACGUCAUGUUAGUUUUGUUUGCAUCAAACAGUUUACAAUACAAACUUGGUUUGCCUCUUUUGACUUGCAUCUACCGUGUUUAACUAGGAAUAACUUGGUUACAUCAGCAAGACUUUGUUUGUUAUACGUUCGUCUUCGUCUGAUAGAACAUCUCACUUGAAACAUUGGCUUGGACGUAGGAUGAAUUUUACAAGAUUAUAUUUAGUUUCAUGUGGGACUAGAGAUACAAUAAGGAACCAUUCAAGCGAAUGUGGCAGAGUCCCCCAAGGAAGGGACCCUGUUCCCUGAACCACCAGGGACGGCCCAUCUCAAGUUCAACCCGAGAUCAACCCACGAUCCUCAUAGCGUGGUAUACACCCCUCGAACCGCUUAUUCGAAGGGGUUGGAGCGCGUUCCCCACCAAGUGAGGAAGAUGGACAAGCCCACCGUCUCGAGGGCCUUGGCAACAACGCUGGCGGCAACGGUGUCAAUGGGGCGCUUCUCAGUGAAGAUCUGGGCAAGGAACUGGACAAGAGGGGUUAGCAAGUAGUCAAAUGUUUGGCAGAAAGUCAAGUCAACUUACACCGGGGGCAGCGGUAGCAGCGAAAAUGAGACCACCGAGGUAGGCAGCGCCCUUGUAGCUCAAGGUGCCGGUGGCGUUGAUGAGAGCAGCAACACCGUAGGACUGGAGACCAGCUCCGACGAAGGAAGUACCCCAGGCAACGGCAGCACCAGCAGCCUCCUUGGACUUAAGGAACUCCUCCUUGGUGUUGGCAGCCUUGGCGCGCUGGUAGGUCUGGCCGAAGAGGGGAGCCAUGACGGCGAGCUCAACACCAUGGCUGAAGACGGUACCGAGGGCAAUGGCCGAGGGCUUGACGGGGGGAAGGUCUGUAUGGAGAGGAAAGAAUCCGAUGGUUAGCUCACCUUCAUGAUGAAUCAAAGUCGGCAGUGGCCUUUCUUUGGUGGCCGUGCUCUCUCUCGCUGUUUUUUGGCCCUCCAGCUUUUUUAAUCAAACCAGGGAAGCUUUAGCGGUCGGCCGUUGGGCAAUUCCACUAUGAGCCACCGGUGACGUAAAGCAGAGUUUACCCCAGCGCGGGCAUCGCCCCAAAUGCAAAAAUUACAGUUUGGCGGCGCUGCUGUUUCCAGCGGUGCGGUUUGCUGCGGGGCUCCUGCUGUUGGCGCUGCUGGGAUGCUGUAGCUCACUGGCCCAUGACACCAAUCGCCCCCCCAGCUUCCCCAGACUGGGAUCCCCCUCAGGCGAUUCAACAGGCGCUGUGUUGUAGGCGGCCAGUGCCAAAGCGGUGCCAGCAGCCAGCCUUUGAAGAGACGCGGCGAGGGAGGACGACGAACAAAGAGAGAAGCAAUUGCGACCAAAAAGUCCAAGGUACGCUUUAUUACUUACAGUGAAGAGACAUUGUGAAGGUGUGUUUGUUUGGUUUGGGUUGGAAGAAGUGUAGAUGAAUGGAAGUAAGGUGGUAGAUGAUGGGAAGAACAAGAGGAAAAGGGAAGAAGCUCCAACCGGGCGACGUCACGGUUUUAUUCCUCGUCUACCCUCUGCCCAUCCGCUUUUAGCUCCUCCUUGUCUCUCAACAAAC